AUUAAAUGUUAAUUAGAUUAAACAUAUUUAAUUCAUGAAGUUGAAGGAGAGUUCUAUCCGAUAGAAUUAAUUAAGUAUGAUAAAUUAGAUUUAUUAUACCUAAUUAAGGUGUAUUUAUUAUUAAAUAAAGUUGGUAUUUUCUUUUAUAAUUUGGAAUUAAAAGAAAAGAAAAUGAAAUAAAUAAUAAUACUUAUAACAAGUAGAGAGUGGCGUGCAACCACCUCUCUAAUGUUAUUGUUAUUAUUAUAUUAUUUUGUUUAAUCUACUUAUUUAAUUAAUAAGGAGUAUUGGUCCUAUUAGGACUAGAACUCAUUAAUUAGGAAGACUUUCAAUGUGAUUGAAAAACUAGUUUAGAACUAGUAUAAAUACAUCAUUCUCCUUCAUAAUUCAUAGACCAGUUUUCAGAUUCAGUAUUACCAGUUUAUUUCCCUGCGAAGAGAUUUCCUAGCCUUUCUCUUAGGGAGAUCUAACCGUUCUUUCGGAAAGGAGAAAUCACGUGGAUACCAAAGGUCAAGGAUUAUCAUCGCUAGGCUGGAAGAUCUGAUUUUAGGAAUGUCGAAUUUAUCAUUGAGAAGUAUCUUGGAUACAUGCAAGCUCACUGGACCAAACUUUCUGGACUGGAAAAGAAAUGUGCGUUUAGUUCUUAGACAAGAAAAUAUUGAGUAUGUGUUAGACACACCGGUACCCAAGAUUCCUGAUGCCAACUCUCCUGAGUUUGCCACGUUUGACCUGACUGCUCGAGAGAAACACGUCACUGAUGCUAAAACUGUGCAAUGUGUUAUGUUGGCUGCAAUGUCUAUGGAGUUGCAAAGGCAACACGAUAGGAUGAGCGCCUUCCAGAUGCUUGAACACUUGAAAAGUCUGUUUGAUUCAGAAAGUCAGACUCUAGAGUAUGAACUUCUGACAGACAUUUUCAAGUGUAGGCUUCAAGAGGGUAGCAACGUGUCUGAGCACGUCCUCAAAAUGAUUGGCUUAAUUGAAAGAGUUGCUACCACCGGAAUUAAGUUUGAGGAUCGUGUCUCAGCUGCUAUCAUCCUAUAUUCGCUUCCGAGUUCAUUUACUAACUUCAUUGUGAAUUAUAAUUUGAACAAAACGAAAGCGACCAUGCCUGAACUCCAUAACAUGCUCAAGUCUUAUGAAGCCUCAACCUCUAAAGGAAAGACUGUUCUUAUGGUAAGCUCUAAUGCUAAGUCUCGUUCUAAGAACAAGAAUAAGCAAAAGAAGAAAGGUAAGGUUGGACCUACUCCUACAGCUCUGAAGCCUAAAGGUGGAGGUCAUAUGAAGCCAAAGGUUGCAAAGGAUGUUUGCCUCUACUGCAAAGAGAAGGGGCAUUGGAAGAGAGAUUGUGAGCUGUAUAAGGCUAAUCUAGCCAAAGCACCGGGUGCUUCAAGCUCAGAAGCCUGAGAAGCAGUGUAGCAGUUGGACUGGAUAAAAUUGACCUACGCGUGAAGGCUGGAGCAAAAGUUGCUGCUGAACGUGAUAGGAUCUUAUAGUUUAGAUUUGCCCAGUGGUUUUAGAUUAGAAUUAAAUAAUUGUUAUUUUAUUCCUUCUAUUACCAAGAAGAUUAUUUCCAUUCAAAUGUUAGACAUUAAAAGAUUUCUGUUUCCAUUUUGAUAAUAAUAAUUGUUAUUUUCGUAAAA